AUUACCAAAAAAAAACUGAAUAAACUGAACAAGAACCUAAAAAAUAAUUUUAUUCACAAAACUCACAGACUCACAGUAUUAUUACGAGUAACACCCAAGAAAAAUGAUGUAAUCAAGUGCGCCAAAGGGAAAGAAAGAAAACAAUCCGACUUGUAGUAUACAAACAACGAACAACAACUAUUAUUAAUUUAAUACAACUUUUUGACUCUAAGAGCAAGCAAAAUGCGAUUCAAAACCCCUAUAAAUUACCAAGCAUAUUUUCUCUUCAUGACACAUUCAGACUCAAAACAACGAACGAGAGUAAGAAAAAGGUCUUAGUGAGCUUAAUCAAGAACAACAAUGGCAGAGGAGGUGAUUCUUCUGGAUUUCUGGGCAAGUAUGUUUGGCAUGAGAAUAAGAAUUGCUCUGUCGGAGAAAAGAGUCAAAUACGAUUACAGAGAAGAAGAUUUAUGGGAUAAGAGCUCCUUGCUCCUCGAGAUGAACCCGGUUCAUAAGAAAAUCCCGGUUCUUAUCCACAAUGGUAAACCGGUAUGUGAAUCUCUCAUUCAGAUCGAGUACAUAGACGAGACUUGGCCUGACAAAAACCCUCUCCUUCCCUCCGAUCCUUACAAGAGAGCUCAUGCCAAAUUCUGGGCCGACUUCAUCGACAAAAAGGUGAAUGUUACGGCGAGGAGGAUUUGGGCGGCCAAAGGUGAGGAACAAGAAGCAGCCAAGGAGUUCAUCGAAAUACUCAAGACGCUAGAGUCCGAGCUUGGAGACAAAAAAUACUUUGGAGACGAAACGUUCGGGUAUGUGGAUAUAGCUCUCAUUGGAUUCUAUAGCUGGUUUGGAGUAUACGAGAAGUUUGGGAAUAUCAGUAUCGAAUCAGAGUGUUCGAAAUUGAUUGCGUGGGCCAAACGGUGUUUGGAGAGAGAGAGUGUCGCUAAAGCCUUGCCAGAGUCAGAGAAGGUCACUACGUUCGUUUCCGACCGUAGGAAGAAACUUGGGUUGGAGUAAAUCUCUCUUCUUUGUUAUGUUCUAUGUUCUGUGAUUACUUUGUUCUAUUUUCUUUGAGGUCUAUGUAUGCAUAAUAAUACCAAUUUGUGAAAUCAUAUUUCCAUGUAUUUGUAUCCCGUUUAUGUAAACUCGAUUUCAAUAAACUUCGUUGUGUUGUUUAUUCAA